AUGGAUUUUUCAUGGAGACUCAUUGUUCAAGUGCUGCUGCUCCCAUCUGAUGUUGAAAUCUAUCCAAACCUUUUGGCUCUUGUACUUCGCCAACGCAAUAUUGUGUGCUGGGCUGUUGCACUUACUAGGCAAUUGGAAGCUUUUUUGAAAAAAUAUGGUCUCUUGGACUAUUCUUAUUCUCUUCCAAUCCAAGUGGCAAUCAAUCUACUGCCUUGGAACCGACGCGGUGAACAUGGAUACCUUAUUGACAUUUAUCACGCAAUACCAAUUUUCGCUCAUGUUGGAACAGUUCUAGAAGAAGAGCGCCCACUAACAUUCUCCGUUGUCGACGUAUCCCAUCCUACUGAUCUUCCACAUGCACAAAGGUUCUUGUGUAGAGGGAUGAAAGUUCAUUUCUUGUCCACCUUUAAGAAGACUCGCGGUAGAGAAGUGAUGUUUGAGCAACUAUUGAGGCGAUUGGUUAAACGGUCACCAAUUACUGUUUGGAUUCCCAUGACAGCUUCUAACUCGUCUCUACAAGGAAAAGAAAUCUACAAUCCAUCUAGUGAAGAGCUCGAAGGGAGUUAG